AUGACAAUAAGUAAACAUACAGAGAGGGAUCCAAACAGGGAGCUGUGUCUUCCACACAGAGACGAGGUAGACACACUCAUCCAAGAGCUGAAGCACCCAGUGAAACUUUUCUUCAGACGCAAAGCUGCUUCACUUCCCAACAAACUCCUCCAGAAGACCGGCAGCAUGUUCCGCUUCAUACUAAACCUGGCGGCACUCAGCAUGCUGGCUGGUACUGGUGCAACAAGACAGACUUUUACCAGUUCUGGUGAGAUGGACAUCACCUCGUGCCCCAUCACUUAUUAUGGACAGACAUAUGGCAAAGUAUAUGUGGCCUUCAAUGCAAGCAGAUUUUCAGUUUGCUUCAAUGGCGAAUACAAACCUGGAAUCAAAAAUGACUGUAUUGUGAUGUCCGGAGGAACAGCUGACAGAGGUAACCUGGCAAUACUUACAAAAGAAAUACCCACUGGAUCUGGGGUCCAUAAACUUCUGCCAAACCUCAAGAGUUCUGGGAAAUGUGUCAACAUCAUACCAUUAAAAGACAGUCAACAAUCUGAAAUUGAACAAGUUGAACUUGGCAACUUCGGGACACAAGCAAUUCUGGCAAUCAAGACAUAUUCUGGAUACACACAUGUUGACGUGGAGGCAGAUGCACAAGUCAAUGGCCUCACAGUUUCCAAACAGACAUUCCAGACAGCUGAAACAAAUAAAGGUGUCAUCACAGAUGUGAGCGGAUGCAGACUCUCAGGUGCUGUUUAUAAGACAAAUACGACAGUAAGAGACCCAAACAUCUGCUCUACUGUAACCUGUGAUGUGAAUGGAGUUGCUCAUGCCGUGAGUGAUUGUGGUCCCAUGGAGCAAUGUGAGGGCAUGGGCAGCUGCGUCUUGAGUGCCAUGUGCACUGUGAUCGGCCCCACAGUCAUCGAUUUUGUUGGCAGAACCCACACUGUCCCGGACCGUUGUGGGUACACUCUGAUGAGGCCCUCAACAAUCCCAGGCUUCCAGGUGCUGGGGGUUUUCCGGGAAAGACGCCGUAAAGAUGUUAGUUUUUUGGAUCGUGUGAUAGUGCAGCUGGACAGGGAAGGUGUUCAAAUCUCUCUGGAACAAGGUGGUAGAGUUCAGCUGAACGGCAAAGUGCUGAUGCUCAACACCACGACUCAGGUGGUCCAAGGUGUGGAGCUCUCAAAGGACAAGACAGGAGUCACUGCUAAGAUAUCAGCCUCCAACUACACAAUCUCUGUCCUCUUUGAUGGCUCCAUCACAAUGAUCCACAUGACAGGGCCAAAUGGAGCACCAGUGCAUGGUUUAUGUGGCAAUUCCAGCAGGACUGUGCCAAGUGAAGAGAAGGUCUCUGAACACAGUGAAACUGGCUGUGAGGUACAGUAUGAUGACGCUGCCGACAGUACAAUCAACUGCAAUGCCACGACCGAAUGGUGUAAUCUCUUGAAGAAGGCUCCCUUCACUGCUUGCAACAAGCACAUUGACCCAGAGCCCUUCAUAACUGCCUGUACACAAACAUUGUGCAAAUACCCUGCAGUGGAUGGUCUCAAAUGCCAGUUCCUGGAGGCCUACGCCAGAGCCUGCAGGCACCGCACUGAUGUCACAGUGGAAGGAUGGAGGUCAAAGACCAGCUGCUGUAAGGCUGACUUCUGUCAGGACAGGUUCUGCAGUGCUCAUGAGUUCUGUGGUGAGAAGGACAAUGGUGGGGAAACUCGCUGCCUCUGCCGCGCCAUUUUUGCCUCCAAGUACAAAUCGACAAGCACCUUUGGUGAGCCGACGGUCUGUAGGCAGAAGGCUGCCUCGGUAACUCUGGCUAACUGUCUCUUGGAGGACAAAGGCAUCGACUACUCAGUCUUACACCUCAAUGACCAGGCCUGCACAGGUGAAAUGGACAACCUGACCCAUAUGGUGACGUUCAGCUUCAACAGUACCAACCCUUGUGGUACAGUGGUCAUGGUGAACAACAGCCAAGUUAUAUACAAGAACACCAUCAUGACACGGAACAGUUCCAUGUUCGGCCUAAUCAACCGUCACAGCCCAGUGCAUAUUGACUUCUCCUGUUUUUACAGUCAGCCGGAUGUUAAGAGUUUGGGUAUCAAACUCAAACACAGCUCUGUGUUCCAGCAGAUUACUUCUGGAGAAUGGAGUUACAAUCUCACCAUGAAGGCCUACACCAGCCCUGACCACAUGCACGCAAUCCAGUCAAGCAGUGACAUUCAACUGGAUGAGAAAAUCUGGGUGGAGCUGAAGACGGAUGGGCUGGAUGAAAAAAUGGUUGUGGUGGUGAUUGACUCCUGCUGGGCAACUGAUCAGCCUUCGCCAAGUGGACGCCUCAGAUACGACCUCAUCAUCAAGGGCUGCCCUAACCCUGCUGACCAGACGGUGAAGGUGGAGGGCAAUGGACUGGGAACAUCCAACUACUUCUCUUUCAACACAUUCCAGUUCUCUGGCAAGACUGGUGAUGUCUACUUGCACUGCAGAGUAGAGCUCUGUGUCAGGCAGGGUAAUACCUGCGUCCCGAGGUGCAGCCAGGCUGACAGAAGGCGCAGAUCUACCGUGUCAAAGUUUGAGGAUGAAAAUCCCGCCUUCAUCAGUUUGGCCUGGACUUAUUAAGCAGCUCCACACCCCCACCAACCUCCUCCUCCUCUCACUGGCUGUCUCAGAUUUUUUCGUGGGCGUUCUCAUGUUCUUUCAAAUUGUGUUCAUAGACGGCUGCUGGUUCCUCGGUGACAUUAUGUG